UUGCCGUCUCCCAUUCGCAUCGGUCCGAAGCUUGAGCCUCAAGUUUCUUGCCUCCCGCAGACCGGUAACCCAGCCGCCUUCCUUCUCAUCGUCUCACCGUCUGUCUAUUAGAGCGUCUGGAUAGCUUCCUCUGCUCCUCGCUAUUCCUCGCUAUUCUUAUGGAGAUUGAUGCCUGGAGGAUUUUCUUACGUUGGCGAAGUCGGAAUGCUAAGAGACCAUUACUUGAGGAACCACUGAAAGAGAAGAAGAAAUUGAGAUCGUACAAUGCACGUGACGAGGUGAAGGAAGAGAGAAAGGAUGACGAGAGUGAGGUGCAGGAAGAGAAAAAGCAAGAGGAAGAACAGAGGGUUUAUGAGUAUACGUCUGGUGAAGAUGAUGAUUAUGUCUGGCCAGAUGGUAAACGUAGAAGGACUCGUGAAGAAUGGGCGAGGUACUAUAAACAAAUCAAGGAAAGCGAGGGAUUUGAUGUUGAUCCAUCUCCAGACACUUUUGAGUUUGGUCUUACUGCUUUAACGAAUUUCGAGGAUGAAGGUCUUAUCAGAUGUACCAAAUCAGCAAUCGAACAGUUUAAUAAGGAAAAUGCGACAAGUUAUGAAUUUGUGAAGAUAGAAAAGACGACGUGUAUUGUUGCAGCUGGAUACUGGUACAACAUCACUUUCCAAGCAACUGAUGGUGGAAGCAGUCCAAAAACAUUCCAAGCGAAGGUUUUUUAUGGAAUACGCCACGACAUUCGAGUUUCCUUUUGCAGGCUUAAGCCAGUUGCUGGGAACACUAACUAGACAGAAAAACUUGUUGAGGAGGUGACUGUUGCUUGUAACUUGGAAACCAUGUGACGUACAAGAUGUUGCACGAAAGGAGAAUGAUGUUUCAUAUGCUAAAACCAUUUAUUCCAUUUAUCUUGUAAUUGUGCUUCUAAAGCUUGGUGUCAUCCAUGGUCGAUUAUUAUUUGUUUGGUUUCUAUUUAUCCUCAUUGUUGCUGAAUUUUGUCUCAUGAAAAAAUUCAACUACCACCAUUAGUUGUAAAUUUAAUCCAAAGUUUCCAAUUGGUGAUUUCUUUGCCUUCAAAUGAGGAAAUUAGACAACGCUUUCAUGGGAUUCACGAAGAGAUCUUAAGCUAAUUUUCUGAUCAUCGAUUGUUGUUUAAUGGGCUUUUACUGAUUUGCUGAGAGUAUUCCUGAUGUAAUGCUGAAUAGCAUGUUCCAUGUGAUCUUAAUGUCGGUCUGUAACUACUGAAAUGUAAUA